GAGGGCGCGCUGGAGCCUCACACACACACACACACACACACAAUUUCAUUAGUACACACUCGAAGAGGUGUGCUUUAGUGUUUGAACGUUUCAUUGAGCAGGUUCCCGUUCGGAUGAGGAGCGAUUCGAGCGGAAUAAGCGGCGGCGGGCUUUGAUGAUGAUGAUGGUGAUGAUGAAGAGCGCGAGACACCUGUGAUCACGUUCAGCAUCAGUCUCUGAGAUGUUCAGCUCCAGCAGCACUAUGACCGAUGGAGAUUACGACUAUCUGAUCAAACUCCUGGCUCUCGGGGACUCUGGAGUGGGCAAGACCACCUUCCUCUACCGCUACACCGACAACAAGUUCAACCCCAAAUUCAUCACCACCGUGGGCAUCGAUUUCAGGGAAAAGAGAGUGGUUUAUACCACAAACAGCCCCAAUGGAACCGCAGGGAAGACGUUUAAGGUUCACCUGCAGCUCUGGGACACAGCGGGACAGGAGAGGUUCAGGAGUUUGACUACAGCGUUCUUCAGGGAUGCGAUGGGUUUCCUGCUCAUGUUCGAUCUGACCAGCCAGCAGAGCUUCCUCAAUGUCAGGAACUGGAUGAGUCAGCUCCAGGCAAACGCGUAUUGUGAAAACCCAGAUAUUGUUCUUGUGGGUAAUAAAGCUGAUCUGAAUGACCAGAGAGAAGUCCAGGAGAAACAAGCGAAGGAACUAGCGGACAAAUACGGAAUCCCCUACUUCGAGACGAGUGCGGCGACCGGAGCGGAGGUGGACAAGGCCGUCCUGACGCUGCUGGAUCUGGUGAUGAAGAGGAUGGAGCAGUGUGUGGACAAACCUUCGGUGGACGCACACAACACCGACGGCAGCAGCAAACUGGACACCGCAGCGGCUGACGGGAAGAAGUGUGCGUGUUAAAGCAGCGACGGCACCCAUCCGGAUCCUCCUGACCUACUGUAUUACAGAUGUGUGUGGACUGAGUCUGUGAGAGCUGUGGGACUGCUUCGUCAUCUUUAAUAACCCGUCCACAUUUAGCCCAGAUUAUUACUGUCAGGAAAUGCAUCUGAAAUAUUCAUAUAGAGAU